AUGGAGAGCUCUGCCAAGAUGGAGAGCGGUGGCGCGGGCCCGCAGCCCCAGCCCCAGCCCCAGCCCCAGCCCCAGCCUCAGCCGCAGCAUUUCCUGCCGCCGGCAGCCUGUUUCUUUGCCACGGCCGCGGCGGCGGCGGCGGCGGCGGCAGCGGCAGCCGCGGCGCAGAACGCUCAGCAACAGCAGCAGGCGCCGCAGCUGAGCCCCGCGGCGGACGGCCAGCCCUCAGGGGGCGGUCACAAGUCAGCGCCCAAGCAAGUCAAGCGACAGCGCUCGUCCUCGCCGGAACUGAUGCGCUGCAAACGCCGGCUGAACUUCAGCGGUUUUGGCUACAGCCUGCCGCAGCAGCAGCCGGCCGCCGUGGCUCGCCGCAACGAGCGCGAGCGCAACCGCGUCAAACUGGUCAACCUAGGCUUUGCCACCCUCCGGGAGCACGUCCCCAACGGCGCUGCCAACAAGAAGAUGAGCAAGGUGGAGACGCUGCGCUCCGCGGUCGAGUACAUCCGCGCUCUGCAGCAGCUGCUGGAUGAACACGACGCGGUGAGCGCUGCCUUCCAGGCUGGAGUUCUGUCGCCCACCAUCUCCCCCAACUAUUCCAACGACAUGAACUCCAUGGCCGGGUCUCCGGUCUCAUCUUACUCGUCGGACGAGGGCUCUUACGAUCCUCUCAGCCCAGAGGAACAAGAGCUGCUGGACUUCACCAACUGGUUCUGAGGGGCGCUGCCUGGUCAGACCCUGCUUUGGA